AUGCCAAACUACAAACUGAUUUAUUUCAAUAUGAGGGGGAGAGCAGAAAUUAUUCGUUAUAUAUUUGCUUACUUGGACAUAAAGUAUGAAGAUCACAGAAUAGAACUAGCUGACUGGCCCCAAAUCAAACCAACUCUUCCAUUUGGCAAAAUCCCUGUUUUGGAGGUGGGAGGACUUACCCUUCACCAGAGUCUCGCAAUAGCAAGAUAUUUGACUAAAAACACAGAUCUGGCUGGGAAGACAGAGUUGGAGCAAUGUCAAGCUGAUGCUAUUGUGGACACACUGGAUGAUUUCAUGUCACUUUUUCCAUGGGCAGAGAAAAAUCAAGAUGUAAAAGAACGGACAUUCAAGGAGCUGCUUACAUGUCACGCACCUCUUCUUCUGAAAGAUUUGGACACAUACUUAGGGGACAAAGAGUGGUUUAUUGGUAACUCUGUAACAUGGGCAGACUUCUACUGGGAUAUCUGCAGCACCACACUUUUGGUCUUAAAGCCUGACUUGUUGGACACCCACCCGAGGCUGGUGUCAUUGCGCAAGAAAGUUCAAACUAUCCCUGCCAUUGCUGCCUGGAUACAAAAGAGGCCACAAACAAAACUCUGAUACCAGCACCAGAUGGGAGCAACAUCAGCCUGCCAGAUGAUCCACACUUCUUACUACCACCAGUGCUCUCUGUUUUGUACUCUGCU